UGAACAGUAAUCUGUCUGUGAGCAGCAGAUAGAUUUUCAUUGUUCGCCAUUUCCAGUUUCCAGUAAUGGGAACGAUUACUUGAACCAGGCAGUUUCUGCUGAAUAUCUGAAAAACUUACCACUUUUAAUGGGAAAGCUUUAUCUGUUUCCAUAAAACAAACAAACAAAAAAACUUUUUACCUGUUUUUUGGACCUUGAGGCAAAUCACAUCUGAUGAUGAAUAUUGUUUUAUUUUGGAAUUAAGUGUCUGUUCUUCAGGAACGAGAUGUAUCUUGCUCUUCUGGUGAUUUUCUUGCACUUUUCAGAACUUUACACUCAGGAGAAAGUUUUUACUUUCAACAUGGUUGAAAUCAAGGUUCAGCCAUCUGUCAAAGUGAAGAAUGGAGCUCCCAUGUCAAUCAUCUGCCGUGCCGAUAUUAGCAAAAAAAGUGAUUUCCAGCUGAGACAUAAUUUUACAAUUUUUAAGGAUGGCAAGCUUGUGUUCAUGAUCACAUCAGAUAAAGGAGAGGCACGAUAUGGAAUACCUGUAGCUAGAUCUGCAGAUACAGGAGAGUAUGAAUGUACUGUGGAAGCAGGUGGGAAGAUAAAAUCUAGUAACUCCUUACACGUUUGGGUGACAGGGAUGACCAAGCCAAUACUGACUGCUGAGAAAAAAGAAGUUUUAGAGGGUGAAGUUGUGAAAUUACGCUGUGAACUGCCAGAGGAAGUACCUCCUUUAUAUUUCUUUUUCCGGAAGAUAAAGAUGAAUUCAAAACCUAAACAAAAACAUGUACUUGAACUACAAAGAAAUUUUUCCACGGUGGAGUUUUCUGUUGAAGAGGAGGAUAAUAUUUUACAUUUUGAUUGCUUUGCUAGCAGACAUGUAAACCUUGAACUUGAAACCUCAGAACCCAGUAACAGAACACUCGUUACAGUCAAGGAACCAUUUAUAAAGCCUACUCUGAAUGCCAAGCCCUCAAGUAAUAUUACAGAAGGAGACAGAAUACAGUUUGAAUGCUCAACAAUGAUAGCCCAAAUGCGUGGCAUUGAAAUCAUACUCCAGAAAAACAAAACAAUACUGAACAGUGUGCAAAAUGAGGAGCUUUUGAAAUACUCUGCAGUAGCUACUCUAGAGGAUAGUGGUGAAUACCUGUGUAAGGUGGAGCAAGGUAGAGCAUCUAAAACCACCAAGCUGAAUGUUGUUGUGGCAGAGUUAUUUCCCCAGCCAGUAUUGACUGCUUCUGCAAUUAAGCUGGAUGAAAAUAAGGAAUUAACCUUGAAUUGCAGCAUUAGUGGUUUUCAGAAAGCUAACUUCUCUAUAUUAAGGAAAAAAUCAAACGGAGACAUCUGGUUGAAAAAUUCUAGGAACUUAACAAUGAGAGUUCAUGUGAAUGACACUGGAUCUUAUAUCUGUAAAGCGGAAGUAAAAGGAAUAGUCAAGGAGAGCAAACCUGUAAAGAUAUAUGUUUAUGCUCCAGUCUCCAAGCCAACUCUUUCUGUUGUCGGUGGUUUACCGGAGGUAGUGUUAGGGAAGCCUCUACGGUUAAUCUGUCGUGCUGUGAUGGGAACACCGCCAAUAACAUUCACAUUCUACAAAGGAAAUAAAGCUAAAAAAAUAGAAGUUAAUGACACAUAUGCAGUGUUCUUGGAUGAAGAUAUUAGACAAAAUGACAAAGGAGGAUACAAAUGUGACGCUAGAAAUAGUCACUCCAGUGGUAUGAAAACUAGCAAUAUUCUAAAUAUCACAGUCAUAGUACCAAUCAGGAAUGCCAGCUUGGGCAGUAGUCCUUAUGGGGAAGUGGAAGAUGGCAGUGAGACUGCUUUUCUCUGUUCUGUGAAAGAGGGAUCAUGGCCAAUCCACUUCAAGAUUUUUAAAAAAACUGAUCAUGAAGUCCUUUUGUUUGAAAAAAGUGAGAAUGCAGACAGAAUCUUGUGGCGCAAGGAAGCAAUGAACAGACAGGACACGGGAACAUAUUACUGCAUUGCUUCUAAUCGAGCUAAUGUGGAUGUGAAGAGCCAUCCAAUAACCAUCAAUGUCAUCUUAGCGGCUUGGCAGAAAGGAGUCAUUGCUGCAUUUGUCCUAAUACCUACUGCAGGAGCAAUAGCUCUGACUUCAUGGUGGUUUUUGUUUAAGAAGAAAACAGCUAAAAGACCAUCCAUGGAGAUGUCUGGAUCUGCCUUGGCUACAAACCUGACAAGUGAAAAACUGACAAGACAGAACAAUGAUGGAGACUAUUAUUCCAGAUCAGGUUACAUUGAAGAUGGUGAAAAUAACAUGAAAUCAACAGAUGAAAAUAAAGGACCUGACCUUGAGAGUGCCGAGGUGGAGUACACUGAAGUUGAAGUAUCAACGCUUGAUCCUCACAGAGCUCCUGUACAGAAGGGGACUGAAACAGUUUAUAGUGAAAUCAGAAAAGCUAAUCAUGAUUCUGUGGAAAACAGACAUUCUAUGUCACAGGCAAAACAGAGUACUGCACUAUGGAAGAGAGAGAUGAAGAAAAUCAUUUUAAUGAGCGCUAGCCCUGCUUCUAUCUUUUUGCCUCUAAGUAGCUUCUGUCAGAAUAAAUAUAAUCCAGCAUGGAAACUAAGGAACUCUGUUCCAUCUUCACUGUGAGACCGUGAUCAAAUUGAGCUCAAGGCUUUUAAUAAACACUGUGCGCUGACAAUAAUUGUUGUGUUAUACUAAUUCAUUGGAAGUGUUCAAAUGUAUUAUGUCAAGAAUGGUGGUGCGUUAGAAAAAGUCAUUAUCUGUUAAAGUCUGAAUUAUUUAAAUUGUAUAAAGGCCUAAUUACAAUACAGGCUCUGAUUUGCAGUCCAGAGUAACCUGAACCUGAACGCCUUGGGCUUCUAGGACAUUUAGAAAUGAGCCCAAAGUUUGGGUCUGGAGGUUCCUUCCCUCUUUCUUGUCUGUUUCAGGAGUUUGUAUCUUAAAUGCCAUCCAUAGGAAGUAUUUGCAAAAGAAAUGAAUUACUUAGAGAGGAACUGGGAGGAGGUUUCCUUCCUGAAAUCAGAGCUGGCAAUCUUUCUAAGUUAUUUAAUGGUCCCAGUUUCUGAAAACAUAUUGAAGGAAAUAUCUUAACAAUGAGAUAGCCACUUCGCCAAAUACUAAUUGGUAUUGUGUUGAAUUUACCUCAGCGGUACAUUCUGACUUCAUAUCUCCUCCUCCCCUGUUACCUCUUAGAUGCGUGUGUGUUUGUUUGUUUGUUUUUUGCCCUGGAGUAUAUGUGGACUGGCAGUCUUAGUCAGGACAGAGUGUACUUUUAGCUGCCUCUUUGUACAGCCUCAGAAUGUACCCUCUGAGAUAGAAACCUGUCCAAUUUCAAACUAUGUGCAGAAAUAUCUGUUUUUUCAGGUACUCUCUCAUCUUUACCAAGUGAUCCCAAAAGCAUUUUAUAAAUUCUCUGUGGUAAAAGAAUUGCUUCACUCUUUGCCAGCAAAAUGCAGCCAGCUCUGAAGUGGGACCUGGCAUGUGUUUAACUGUGCAUAGUAACAUGGCACAAUAGCUUCAGAAGGGAAAUGAAGAUGAAGGAUGUGUCCAUUUAAUAUUGUGGGGGGAUUUCACGCAGUCAGGAUAUGAAAAACAAGGUGAUCCACUGAAAUAAACAUUGAAUUAUAAACCAGGAAUUCCUGCCUCUGAGUCAUGGGGCAAAUCCUUUGGGGGUAAGUCCACAAAAGGAAUUAGACGCCUCAGUGCUGACAGACUAAACUAUUAGGUUAGAGGCCACCACGUACUCCUAGCAGAUUUUUGUAGGAGUAGUUAGUGUAGGUUUAGUGAGGUUAGUGUAGGUAGCUCUACCAUCUACACAUUGCCUUUUGUGGUUCUCAGUGCCAGGUUUCUAUGUCCCCCUGUGUACUGAAUAGAGUCUAAUCUAAGCAGUGGAUUCUUGUAGAAACAGUGUCCGCCUGUUGGAUGCUGCAUCACUCACUGUUGGGAUGCCCUAAGUGCUUCUUAGGGAGAGGUUUUCUUAGGUUGUAGGACUGAAUUUGGGAGCCUAAUUGUGCAUUUAGCAUCAAUUAGUAAAGAAGGGGCCUUUCAGAUUCAUUGGGUGCCAGCAGUUCCCAUAAGAAUCCAACUUUUCUCAUUAAGCGCCCAGUUACAAAUGUUCGUGCUUAACUGUGUUGCAGUCCAGUCUGGAAUUGUUAAUCUAAAUCUCCCACUGUCUUACUUCCUUUUUCACCCAGUGAAGGUAAUACUACUGUCUCCCCGGGGAACUGUGAAUAUUUAUUAGCUCAUUGCACAGUGCUCUAAGGAAUAUGUUGUUAUAUUUAAAGUUCUUAUAUUGAACAAAAAGGGCAAGAGAGGCUAGGCGGUCAUUUAUAUUCAUACCU